AGCAUCGAAUCGAAAUCAUCCCAAACAAACGAGACAACACGUUCUUGUAACAUUGUCAAAGACUCAUUUGGGACCAAAAAGAAAAUGGACAAAAUGCCAUCGAUCUGAACUCUGAACCCAGAGCGUCCAAUUCAAAACUCUUUCCACCAUUUCUUCCAUUCCAAGCUUUUGAAUCACCACGACGUGGCAUGACCCUUCUCUCUUCCAUUUCAUUUGCACUGUCACUGUUGUUUCCCACUUUCAUUUCAAGGUCAACGGUGCUGGUCUUGGUAUUUUCCUGACUCAAUUGCUUACAAGUUUAUCCUUUUCCUGCUAAACUCUCCAAUGGGUCGGAGGAACAAUGGACUAAACUCUGUUCUCGCUCACCGUUUGAUACUCCUCUUCGUGUGUUUGGCCUCGGGCGGUUUGGUCUACGCGCUUCUCUCUGCGGUGCUCGCAAACGCCAGAAGCAGAGUUUCAGACUUUGGGAGGUUGGUUGAAGAGGGUAUGGCGGCGCAGAACGAGGGAGGGUGCUGUAGGGGGAUUGAAAAUUUGGAGCUUUGGGGUGCAGCUGUGAAGUGGGGUUCUGAGUUUAAGUUCAACAAUUCCGAAGGAUGCUGCAACGCAUGCAAAUCAAUGUGUUCAGGAAAAGAUGGACCUUGUCUCUGUGAUACUUGGGUCUUUUGUGGGGAUCGUAAGGCCUGUGGAUCCAAGUUCGGUGAGUGUUGGUUGAAGAAACAGAAGGACAGCUUGGCACCUGAACGGCAAGAAGGAGUGCCUCCAGGGGAAGUGGUUGGUUGGACUUCUGGUCUUAUCUUUGGGAAAGGAGAGGGUAUUAUUGGACUGGAAACUGAACACGGAACUCUUCAUAUUAAACUUUUACCUGACUGUGCUCCGCACUCUAUUGCCUACAUUCUGGAAUUGUUGUCUUUGAACCAUUGUGCUGGCUGCCAAUUUUACCGUGCAGAGAGCCGAGGUCAAUCAUGGGAUUCAGAAGGAAACCAUAUACAAAAUGCUGGUUUUGGUCCCCCUUAUGCAUUAAUUCAAGGGACACUAGAAGCGCAAGGCACAGCUUUCAAUAAACUUCCUAUGGAAGAUUGUCCAAUUCUUAGAAGGGGUUCUGUUGCUUGGAUUGCUUCUGGUCCUGAAUUCUUCAUUAGCCUUGCUGAUCAUUCAGAGUGGAAACAUGAAUACACUGUAUUUGGUUCUGUUCUUCCAGAAGACAUGCAUAUUGCAGAGAAAAUCUCUGCACUCCCCACAAUAGCUGAUGUGUGGAACAAUGUCAACGUGACGGUUUUGGAAAAACCUGUUCCUCUGUUGGUUCGUAGAAUCCAGAAAAGCCACGUAGAUGAAAUUUGAAACCCGCUGAGCAACCAUGUAGAUUGCAAUUCUUUUUUGUUCCAAAGCUUAUAGUUAACUUUUGUUCUGUCUAGACUUUUUCUUCAUCUUAUCAUUAUUACUCCUUUUUUGCAUCUUUGUUCGCUGUAAUUUAAGGUGAUGAAAUUUUAAUUUGAGAAAGGCUGUAAAAGAGGGAAUACAAUACAAAGCUUUUAUGUAGCUGGAAGAAAUCUUAGGAAGAACAAUGAUGAUAUCCGAAACAUUUUUUGCGACUAUGUUAAACGAUAAUUGCACACAUACUGUUUCAAAUUUUAAUUUUUUCGACUGUUGUUCAUAUUGCAGCUCACUACACCUCAUUUUCUGGUUCAUUGGUUCAUGGCAGGAACUAAGAUAAUUUGAGAGAAGAUGUGCAAGAGUCUGAGACGAAAAAUAAAAUAUCUACUGAAAAGAUGGGAUGUGAUUACAUGUAGCUUACAUACUUGUAGGAAGAGAUAGAUAAUCCUUAGAUACAAUAUAUGUGAUAGUGAGAACUGAGAAGAAUUGAUUUCAAUAUUUUACCAAAA